AAGAAGGUGUAGUGCAAAGACUAGAGUGACAGGAAAAACAUUUUAUGGUGUUGACUUGAUAUUUUCAUUAUUUAGGUGUUUACUUUUAUCAGACACUAAAUUCUUGAUAGUGCUCUGGUAUUGAAUAGUGCUCACUAUGGGUACUGAGACUGUUUUUUCUAAUUUUCUUCAUCCAGACAGAGAAGAUGAUGUCCUGAAAAAUCGAGAGCAGAUUGAAGUUCUUCUAAAAGGGGCCAAAGCUGAUGCAUUCACAAUGUUUCUCAACAAAGGGGAGGAAGAUGAGAUGGAGCUCAUCUGCUUCAAGAGGUGCAAACUGAAAGCUAUCCUAACCUACAUUUUUUUUGGCUUAACUCUGGGCAUCCUAAGACUUGUCUUCCACUGGGUCCCACAUUUAUACUUGUAUGCUACAUCUAACAAGUGCAAAGUUGAGGAAGCUGAAAUGGUGAUGAUAACCGAAAUUUUCAAUAGCAAACAUAAAAUUUUCCAUGUCAGACCACUAGAAGUACUUACACCAGAGAGUGUGGCAAAGCUGAAACUUGAAGAAAACCAGCAGAAUCAUAUCCAAAUAUCUGCUUCUGAAGAGGCACCAACCCUGUCGGUGCAUUUCGAAAAUGGUGAAUUUAGAAAUUUGGAAAAGCUGCAAAUGUUCUCUUGCAAGAAAGUCACAUAUAUAUGGGAUAGCAGGAAACAAGAGUUUAUGAAACUCUCUGGAUUGGAGAACGGAGUUUCUUGUGAAGUUUUUCAUCGAUACAAAGGGCUCACUUCUAAUGAACAAUUCAUGAGAUUAUUGGUAUAUGGUCCAAAUGUGAUUGAGGUGAGAGAGCAAUCCAUAUUGACCUUGAUAUGUUUGGAAGUGCUCAACCCGUUCUACAUUUUCCAAAUUUUGAGUUUCACCCUUUGGAUAGUCGACGACUAUUACUACUAUGCCGGAACAAUAAUGGCCAUGUCCAUAUUCGGUAUAGCCAUGUCAGUCAGGCAAACAAGAAAGAAUCAAAGGAAUUUGAAAUCGACCAUUCACAGUAGCGACGUUUGCACGGUGUUGAGGUCUCUUCCCAAAAAUUCCUUUGAAGGUGGUGGAGAUGUCGGUUAUCGAACGGAAACCAUUUCCACCGAAUUUCUGGUACCUGGUGACAUAAUGGAAAUUCCCUCUCACGGCUGCACCAUGCAUUGCGAUGCCGUUCUGCUCACCGGAAAUUGCAUCCUCAACGAGUCCAUGUUGACAGGUGAAUCAGUUCCGGUAACGAAAACCGCGCUAACGAAUAUGCCUGGGGUAGUUUAUGACCCCAAAGAGCACGGGCGUCAUACUUUGUUUUGUGGGACGCAUGUAAUCCAAACGAGAUAUUUCGGAAACGAAAAAGUAUUGGCUGUCAUUGUCAGAACUGGAUUUUCCACUGCCAAAGGCAGUUUGGUACGGAGCAUUUUGUACCCUCCUCCAGUCGAUUUUCGGUUUGAGAAAGAUUCCUACAGAUUUGUGGGAAUGUUGGGCCUCAUAGCUGGAUGUGGAUUUUUGUAUACUGUUGUAACCAAGGUGAUGAGGGGAAUAAGUGCUGGUGAGUUGCUUGUGGAAGCUUUGGAUUUGAUAACUAUCACGGUACCACCUGCUCUACCAGCUGCCAUGACAGUAGGUCGGUUUUAUGCCCAAAUCCGGCUGAAAAACAGCCAAAUUUAUUGCAUUUCUCCCAGGAGCAUAAAUGUAUCCGGAUCUGUGGAUUGUGUCUGCUUUGAUAAGACGGGAACUUUGACAGAAGAUGGAUUGGAUUUGCUGUGCGUGGUACCCAUCGAGAAUAAUUCUUUCAAAUCGCCCGUCAAAAAUGUUGAGACAAUACCAUACAAUGUGUUGGUUUAUGGUCUGGUGUCCUGCCAUUCUCUUACCAUUAUUGAUAAGCAAAUCGUUGGAGAUCCCUUGGAUUUAAAGAUGUUUGAGAGCACCAAGUGGGUGAUGGAGGAGCCCGAGGUCGACGACAACAGCAAAUUCAACAUGAUCUUCCCCACUGUUCUGAAGCCGCCCAAGGACCGAGACGACGUUUCGGACGAUCUGCAGAUCGGCAUCAUCAGGGAGUUUCCGUUCUCGAGCAGCUCGCAGCGCAUGGGAGUCAUCGUGCGACGUUUAGACGGAAAACACUUCGAGUAUUAUUGCAAGGGCUCGCCGGAGAUGCUCCUGAACUUCGUGCGGCCCCAAUCGGUGCCCGAAGACUUCCACGACGUGCUCGAGAGUUAUGCCCGAGAGGGCUAUCGCGUGAUCGCGCUGGCCCACAAAGAAUUGAGUCUGUCCUACACAAAGGUGCACAAGGUGCAAAGGGAGGCGAUCGAGCAGGACUUGGACCUUAUGGGGCUGAUCGUGUUGGAGAAUCGGCUCAAGCCGGAGACGACGCCUUCUAUUGAGGCGCUCAACGAAGCCCGGAUCAGGGUUAUCAUGGUGACAGGCGACAACAUCCUGACCGCGCUGAGCGUGGCCAAAGACUGCGGCAUCGUGCCGCCGUCGCAGAGCAUCAUCACCGUCACGUGCGACAACAGCGACCCGCCCAACAUCUACUAUUCGCUGGCGAGCAGCACCAAGACCACGCCCCUACCGACCGAUCUCAGCGCGCUCACCAAUUCCGCCAGCGCGAUGAGUCUCGACACCGUCGAGAGUCAGGUGCAGACCGUCACCAACGGACCGCAGGUGGGCGGGGCUAACGGGCAACAGAUGGGCGGGGUCAACGGGCAACAGGUGGGCGGGUCGAAGAGGCCUAGUGUUAUUCUCAAUGACUAUAGGUUCGCGAUGACGGGGAAGGUGUGGGGCGUGCUGAAGGAGUACUAUCCGGAGGUUAUGGCGAGGAUUUGUACGAGAGGUAAUAUUUUUGCGAGGAUGGCCCCUGACCAGAAACAGCAACUUGUACAGGAACUCCAAGAAUUGGGCUAUUGUGUUGCGAUGUGCGGAGACGGUGCCAAUGACUGCGGAGCCCUACGCGCCGCCCACACGGGCAUCUCCCUCUCCGACUCCGAGUCCUCCGUCGCCUCGCCUUUCACCUCCAAGAACCCCAACAUCACGUGCGUCCUCAAGGUCAUUAAAGAGGGCCGUGCCGCCCUCGUCACCAGCUUCGGCAUCUUCAAGUACAUGGCCGCCUACUCUCUGUGUCAAUUCAUCUCGGUGCUCAUCCUUUACAGCAUCGACUCCAAUUUGACCGAUAUGGAGUUUUUGUAUAUCGAUUUGUUUAUCAUUUCGGUGUUUGCGUUCUUUUUCGGCAAAACGGAGUCCUAUCCUGGAAAAUUGGUAAAGGAAACGCCGCUGAGCAGUCUCCUGGGACUCAGCCCGGUACUCAGUUUACUUUUCCAGAUAGCGUUAGUCAUAGUUUUCCAAGUGGCGGCUUUCCAGCAUCUGAAGUCCGAGUCUUGGUACGUUCCUAUGAACGGCACAGCCGACGAACAAGACGCUUGCGUGGAAAACUACACCAUCUACACGAUCUCGAGCUUCCAGUACAUCAUCCUAGCUAUCGUUUUCUCCAAAGGCUAUCCUUAUCGCAAGAGCAUCUUCUCCAAUUACGGCUUCGUGAUUUGCGCUGUCGUCAUGACCGCCAUCUCCGUUUAUUUGGCCCUUUCGCCCGCCCAAUUCAUCGUCGACAGCUUCGAACUAGAGGUGCCCGAAGAUUUCUCCUUCAGGCUGUUCCUGCUCGCAUACGCGGGCGCCAAUUUCAUCUUGAGUUUGUUGGUCGAGAGAUUCCUCGUGGAAGAACUCUUCUUCAAGCGGUUGCGCUUCAAGUUCCACAACGUGGACAAGUCCAAGCGGAAAUACUUGUCGGUGGAGCGGCAGCUGAACAGAGACAGAAAAUGGCCGGCGGUGACGUCUGUGUUCGAGUCGGCCGCCAGUCCGGCCAGUCCUUUGCCCACUUGCACGGCGGAGAUCGUGGUGGAGAAGGAGAACAAGUUCCAGAAGGAUCACGUGCUGAACAAGCUGUAUGAUGGGGUUCAGGAGACGGGAUACUUUAGCCAGGAGGAGUUGCUGUUUUCUAGCUUGCCGUCGGAGAAUCCGACUAGCUCUAGCGGCACUUUUAAGAGUUUGAGCAAUAAUACCAACUACGAUUUGGCUAGCUCGAAUUUGAAUAUUCCCGAGUUGCCGUUUGAUGAUUGUAAAAGCACUCCAGUUCGUAAUUCGUGCGUUGCAAUGAAGAUUCCUAGGAGUUCUAGGGAGAGUACUCCGAGGAAGUCGAUGAAAACGUCCGUCGAUGUGGAUGAGAAGGGCAUGUCGAAUUUUAAUACUUUUGGUACGAGUCCUCCUAAUUUGGCGGCCGUGCCGCUAGAAAUGAACGCGCUUGAUAGCUGAGAUUGGGCCAUUUUGUUAGGGGUGCUUUUUGACUGGCCGGUUGGGAUUUCGCUUAGCUGGUCCGUUUCGGUUUGUUUUGCGCUGAGGUGAUUGUUUUCUACAGUAUUGUCAGCGAAAUUGGAUGGAUUCUCGUUUUCCUGACCUCGAUAUUUAUUUUAAAACUGCCAAUUAUUCAGCAAGCUAAUUUAGUUUUAUUGGUGAGUUGUCAAUGAUUUGAGUGGGUAGUAAAUUACAAAACGUAUUUGAUAAGUAGAUGAAAUAUAUAUUGAAUGAUUUUUUGCAUCAAUCAAUUACUUUUUCAAGAGAAAUAUCUUUUUGAAUAUUUAAAGUAGAAUAAAACCUAAAUGUGGAAGUAUAGUAUAUAGGUAUUAUUUAUUAAGUGGCAAUCUUGUCUUAUUGAAAUUGUUUAAAAUUUACUUAACUCGAGCAACUCUAUUAGGGGAUCUUGAAAACAUUGUAUUUUACUAAAAUGAAAGAUUGAUCAUAGUAUUAUAUGUACUUACUGUAUAAUCACUGUUAGAUUUGUUGUCACUAACAUAGGGUUCAAAAAUAUUUCUAAAAUUUAGUAAAUUUGUUUAGAAAAAACAAAUUGUAAGUUUUGGUGGUUGGACAGUUAGUUGAUUUAACAUUUAAUAAUAAUUGUGAUAGUGUUAUUCACCAUGAGUCAUUGAAUUUGUGUACUUAGUUUGAUGAAAGACAGGGUUUACAGAAUACAGAUAUAAUAUUUUUCACCCUGAAACUUAGUUGGAUAUACUCGGUGUCCCACUUUACCUGUAAAUGAUUCGAUUUUAUAUAUAUAUAGGGUGGCAUUUGAAAUGAGAAUGUUGUUCACAAGUGAUAAAAUUUACAUAAAAUUCCCGAAAAUAUUUUCAGUUACUGUGUCAAAAAAAUCUUUCAGAUGCCAAUUAUAUCAUUAAUAACUUCCGAUUUUUAUUUUUCUCAAAUAAAAAGUUGUGUUUUUAUUGAAACCUGAGAUUUUCGAAAUUUGAACAGGUAUAUUGAGUCACCAGUAAGUAUAUUCACUAUUUUUUUGUUCCUCUUACCAGAUUUACUACAGGAUUAACGACAUGUACAUGAACUUAUCAUUGUUAUAUACUUACAUACUUAGAUAUGAAACAUUCAAACCAUUGAUUAAGUAAGUAAUGUAAUUUUCAAUUCUAGUAUUUUCCAUGGCUGUUUACACCAAAUUUAUUAUUUAUAUUAUGGAAUUAUUACUAAUAAAAAUUAGAAAUGCGU